AUGUCGGCCAUGGAGAUGGAGAGCCCACAGUCCUUGGGUCCUGGAGGUCCUAAAGGAAAGCCUGGUGACAUCGGCCCCAGUGGUCCUGAUGGAUUCCUUGGUAAUCCAGGUCCCCCCGGUCCCCCUGGUCCUGUAGGCAUCACGGGUCCACCCGGACCUCGAGGCGUGCCCGGCGACGAGCCUCUAGUAGGCUCAUCUAUUACCACUAUCUACAAAGGAGAUAAGGGCGAUGUGGGCCCGCAGGGAGACCCAGGCAGGCCCUUGGUCAAUGGAGUGGUGGAGUUUGUGGGCUUUCCUAAAGGAGACAAAGGACCUGAGGGUCCUUUUGGCUAUCCUGGCGAGAAGGGAGAGAAUGGAAUUCUGGGGUAUCCAGGGGGACGGGGUCCUCCUGGUUUUAAUGGACCUCCCGGAUCUCCAGGAAGACCGGGAUUCACAGGCAGUCCAGGGUUCCCCGGGCAACAAGGCUACAGUGGACCUAAGGGUGACCAGGGGGAACAGGGGCCUCCCGGACCCCCCAUCUACGCAGACACACAAGGGUUGGCUGUUCAAGGAGCACCAGGUGACAACGGUAUCGACGGAUUCCCCGGCCAACCAGGUGACGCUGGCACUCCAGGGUUUCCAGGACAACCAGGACGACCAGGCGACUCCUUCGGCGAUAGUCGAGGAGGCAGCCCAGGGUUCCCUGGUACCUUAGGGCCUAAGGGAGAGAGGGGUAACCCCGGCAGACAGAGCUACGGCCCUGAGGGCCUACCAGGAGGACAAGGCUUACCAGGACCCCCCGGACCUCCCGGACCACCAGGCAGAUCUGUCAACAUCCAGCCCGGCAGGUUUGACAAUCUACCAGGAGCGACAGGACGACCAGGAGGCCAGGGACCACCUGGAGCCAGCGGAUACAAAGGACCCAAAGGGGAACUGGGUGACUGUAACUGCCUGGGAGGAGGCACCACGGGUGGGGUGGGGGCACCGGGGGCUCCUGGGUCUGAUGGAAGACCCGGGGCCUUCGGCAGGAAGGGUGAAAGCGGAGACCCAGGCAUACCCGGUUUCGGAGGACAACCAGGAACACCUGGCCGUGUUGGCGAGAGGGGUUUCUUCGGGCGUAAAGGAGAAAAGGGUGCCUCCUUCUACCCCUCGUUCAGCCGAGGGAUCAAGGGUGAACUGGGGGCCCAGGGCCUUCGAGGGCCCCCUGGAAACAUGGGCCGACCCGGGAGAGACGGACUUCCUGGGUCCCCCGGACAGCCUGGGCCUCCUGCUGAUGUUGAUAGCUAUGGGACCAUUGGGGAGAGAGGAUUCCCAGGGUUCUCAGGCGCCAAAGGUCGCGCCGGGGAACCUGGAGAGAACGGGAUUGGCUACCAGGGUUCCAUCGGCGCCCGUGGGUUUCCAGGCGACUCGGGCUUUGCGGGGUUACCAGGACAACCUGGUUUACCUGGCCCUCCAGGUUUCCCUGGCCCCAGAGGAGAUGCGGGGGGGCCAGGUAUCCCAGGCGAGGGUCGUCCAGGGGCCCCAGGGAAGAACGGGUUCCCGGGGCGGCCGGGGGAGAAGGGCCGGCGGGGGGAGGUGCUGGGGUCCUCAACAGGUCUCCCUGGAUCACCUGGGUUCCCAGGAGGACCAGGAGACAAGGGAGAGCCAGGAGCAUCAGGACUUCCUGGAGGAUCAGGUUUUGAUGGUCGGUCGGGCAUUCCCGGAGCCAAGGGUGAGCGCGGUACGGAUGGCUACCCCGGAGCUCUAGGUCUUCCCGGACUUCCUGGAGACAGAGGCAAUGGAUUUCCCGGUCCUGCUGGACCAGCCGGAAGCAAAGGAUUACCCGGAUCUCCAGUGUGCCUUCUCGAUCCCCACCCAGGCUACCCCGGUUUAAAAGGAGCCAGAGGUGACGCGGGCUUCCCAGGCCCAACUGGGAGGAAGGGACAGCCAGGACAACCAGGAGGGGGUGGAUCAUCAGGACUCAGGGGCCUUCCGGGACCCCCGGGCCCCGGGGGAAGAAACGGGUUCCCUGGGGGACCAGGAAGGAAGGGCGAGAGCGGUUACCCUGGACUGGCGGGUUUCCCCGGAAUGCCAGGUAACCCUGGAAGACCCGGUGGACCAGGAGGUAAAGGAGCUCUGGGGUUCUCAGGAAAAGACGGCCUGCCCGGUGACUUCGGAGCGCCAGGACCUAAAGGUGACGAAGGUUACCGUGGUCUCCCUGGCCCACCCGCUCUGCCCCCCAUAGUAGAUUACCUGGAGAAGGGACAGAGGGGCGACAACGGUGCCAAUGGACUACCUGGUUUCCCUGGACCUAGAGGUGACAAGGGUUUCCCAGGCCAGCCUGGUCGUCAGGGUCUGCCCGGGCUGCCUGGUUAUGCUGACAGGGCUAAAGGAGAACCAGGACUUCCCGGUCUCCCCGGACGCCCAGCCGGGCCAGGCUACCCAGGCCCUAAAGGAUCUCCCGGUAUCAUCGGCUUCCCUGGCAUGCCUGGACCAAGGGGUGACGAUGGCAGGCCUGGUUUCCCUGGUAACCCUGGAGUGUCUGGUCAGCCAGGUGCUAAAGCAACCAACUUUCUAUGGCUUGGUUUACCUGUACCUUGUCAGUGUAAAGGAUUUGUGUUGGUUAAGUUCUUACCUGUAUCUUGUCAGUGUAAAGGUUUUGUAUUGGUUAAGUUCUUACCUGUUUCUUGUCAGUUUAAAGGUUUUCUAUUGGUUAAGUUCUUACCUGUAUCUGUAUGGUCCUCAGGGGAGAGAGGUGACUCGUCCGGCUACCCCGGAAGUCCCGGAGCUAAAGGUGAGUCCGGAACCCCCGGUUACCCAGGUGGCCAAGGUGCUAAUGGCGCCCCCGGCGACAACGGUUUCCCAGGGGGCCCUGGGUUCAGCGGACAGAAGGGAGCACCGGGAGUUCCUGGAAGACCCGGACUCUUGGGUACCCCUGGUUUCACUGGGGCUAAGGGUCUGAACGGAUACCCAGGAGGAAGAGGUCUCGACGGGACGACUGGCCGCCCCGGCUCCCCUGGAUCAUCUGGAGAAAAAGGUCUGCCGGGAUCUCCUGGUCUUGAUGGACUCAACGGACUGGCUGGACCGAACGGUAUACCAGGAACCCCGGGUUAUAGUGAGGAGGGUCGCCCCGGCACCCCUGGAGCGGCCGGUCUGAAGGGAGAGAGGGGAUCCUCCAUCCCAGGACCCCCGGGAUACAACGCGGAGAAGGGAGCGAGAGGAGAGUCAGGGGGUCCUGGUAUGACGGGCUUCCCAGGCCUGCCUGGUCGUCGUGGGGAGACAAUCGGCUCCUAUAUCCCUGGACCUCUGGGAGACCCAGGCCUGCCCGGACUCGAUGGAGAAGAAGGUUACGGUGGUCCUCCAGGCCCCCCAGGCCCACCGGGGCCCAGUACGGCCCAGGGAGACAGAGGUGACGCUGGGCUACCUGGCUUCCCCGGUACCCCUGGGAGACGUGGAGACCCUGGAGGUCCCGGUGGUCCAGGAAGGGAAGGCAGCCCUGGGUUCAAUGGAGAGAGAGGCGACUCUGGGUACAGUGGAGUGUCAGGAACCAAAGGCUACCCUGGAGAUACAGGAUAUUACGGAGGGAAAGGACCCAAAGGAAAGAAAGGUUAUUCUGGUCGUAAGGGGGCCCCAGGUAUAACUUUACCCCCCACGGGCGUCCAGACUACCUACGGAGAUGUGGGAGGCCCUGGGCUCAACGGAGCUCCAGGCGCCAUGGGAGAAUCAGGCAAUCCCGGCAUUCCAGGCAGAGGGGGUCCUAAAGGAAGGCCCGGUGCGGUGGGGAAGCUGGGGAGGAACGGAGGGUCAGGUCAGGAUGGACCUCUGGGAGACCCUGGUUCUCCUGGUUUCCCUGGACCUUCCGGAUCACAAGGUCUGCCUGGUAAGCGUGGUCUGCAGGGUCCCCCUGGCAGUGUGGCCCGCAGCAGGAGUGUUGGUUUCACCCUGGUGAAACACAGUCAGAACAGCCAGGUACCCAUGUGUCCCCAGGGCAUGUCCCGGCUCUGGGAGGGAUACAGUCUGCUGUACGUAGAGGGGCAGGAGAAGGCCCACAACCAGGACCUCGGUAUGGCGGGCUCCUGCCUCCCCCGUUUCAGCACUGUCCCCUUCCUCUACUGCACACCCAACGAGAUCUGUUACUACGCCAGCCGCAACGACAAGUCCUAUUGGCUGUCCACCACUGCGCCCAUCCCAAUGAUGCCGGUGGGAGAGGAGGCCAUCAGCCAGUACAUCAGCAGGUGCUCCGUGUGCGAGGCCAUGUCCCAGGCUGUGGCCGUCCACUCCCAGGACCUCACCAUCCCCACCUGCCCUGCUGGCUGGAGGUCCCUCUGGAUCGGGUACUCCUUCCUCAUGCACACAGCUGCCGGGGCAGAGGGCGGAGGCCAGUCCCUGGUGUCACCCGGGUCCUGUCUGGAAGACUUCCGUGCAACUCCCUUCAUCGAGUGUAACGGGGCUAAGGGCACCUGCCACUUCUUUGCCAACAAGUACAGCUUCUGGCUGACCACGGUGGAGCCUAACCGGGAGUUCAACCCCCCUCCGAUGGACACGCUGAAGGGAGGCAACCAACUCAGCAGAGUCAGUCGCUGUCAGGUCUGCAGUAAGAUCUUGUAGCCGGGAGAAGAGUCGAAGAUAGAGAGAAGAAAUGGAAAACAGAGAGACUGAAACAACAAAAGAGAGAGGGUGAUGAUUACUUCUCAGAAAGAAAAAGAGAGAGGAGGUUAAAAAAAAAAACAUUCCCCCUUUAAAAAAAAUAUUGACCAAAUGACUGAGUGAAUUUAAGCCCCCUCCCCUGCUUCAUCCCAGGAUCUCACUUGGGGUGUAAAGGUGUCCUGAAGGGCCAACGAGGGCACUUCUGUGGGUUUAUGAUGCGCGAAUAUAGAUGUUGGAGAGAGGGGGAUGGAUAUAGAACGAAAGAGAGAGAGGGGAUGGAUAUAGAAGGAGAAAGAGAGAGGGAGGGAUGGAUGGAGAGAUGCGGGGUCUUGGUUUUGAUUGCUCUGCACUAGGAUAUCACUGACAGUGUUGCUAUAGCUACUGCAUUGUUGUAUAUGUGUCUUUAUUUGGGUGUUUUCUCAUUACUAUGGUUACGUGGUCUGAAAACAUUCACGGCUACCUAGUGCAACCGCAAACCAACCCUUCGGAGCACACUGAACCGUUUCCCCUUCCUGGUUGCGUCCCAAAUGGCACCCUAUUCCCUAGUACACUACUUAUGGCUUGGGCUCCAUAGGCCUCUGGUCACAAGUAGUGCACAAUAUAGGUUUCCAUUUGGGACAGAUGCCUUCUCUACCAUAACAACAACAACUACAGUCAUAAACCUGAGAGACUUGCUAUACUGUACAUACCUAUUUACUGCUAGCCAACCGCUUUUAUACUCACACACCCACCGAUGAUAUCUUUGAUGUCUGAGAUACAGUAAGACUCUAUUAUUACCAAUAUGUCAUUUGUUUUAUGUUACCCUACUCCGGGACUCAACUUGACAACAGUUUGGAAAAAGGCACUUUUAAAAUACUAGAAUGACGAGACCAUGUAUGUGAAUGUAUUGCACUGAUGUGAAUUCCAAUAAUGGGUAAGAUAUAAAUGUCAGUCAGUCUGUAACAGUCAGUCUGCAACGUUUGACUUGUGAAUCAAACGUGUGCCUUUUCAGUUUAGCUAUAGUGACGGACGGUGAAGAUUUAGGUUCUCGCCACCACCACAGAAACGAACCUAUAAGCUCUUCGAUUCACUGCUGGCACACAAAUCAUCAACAACAACAUGAUUAUUAUGGUUAUUUCAUCUCACUCCACCAUUUCUGUUUCCGCCCACAGUGAGAUCCUGAUAGUUGUGUUAAGGGGUGGGACUUGUAAUGCAAAUGUACUGUAACUGCCACAGAGCGGAGAGGAUACCACAAGAGCGUUGGGCCAGUAACCGAAACGUUGCUGGUUCGUAUCCCUAGCUGAUUAGGUGACAAAUCUGCCGAUGUGCCCUUGAGCAAGGCACUUAACCGUAAUUGCUCCUGUAAAUCACUCUGGAUGAGAGCAUCUGCUAAAUUAGUAAAAUGUCAAAUUAAAGUUGCUUAAUGGCAAUUACAUUUUCCCAAGAAAAACACAAAGGAGGGUUUUUUGUAAUAAAAACCCUCCACCCAUCAUGCUCAAGCCAAAACAUACAAGUACGCAAUAACCGCUUGGAAGUAAUCCCAAACUAACGACAAACACAACACACACACUUCUUCGUUACACCGUACCCAAACCGGUCGUGCGCGUGCGCAAAUUGAUUUUGUCACACCAAAUGCGAUCACGACAUGCAGGUUAAAAUAUCAGAACAAACUCUGAACCAAUUAUAUU